AUGUCGGAACGUGCCAUCAAUUGUUCACGAUGGGCCGGCUGGUCGGACCUCCCCGUCGAUCUCCUGAUCGGCAUCCUGCCCCUACUCGAGCUUCCCGAGGCUCUCGCCUUCGGUGCCGUCUACGCGUCCUGGCGCUCCGCCUCCACGGCGGCCGGCAGCCUCCCGCGUACUCGCCGCACGCCGUGGCUCGUGUCCUUGGCGGAGGAGCCUCUUCCGGUAGAGGAUCAACAGCUGCCCAAGUAUCGUGGGUUCUGGUAUCCUGCCGCCACCUCCGAGCUCCGCAACCUCCAGGACGCCGAGAGAACCUUCCGUGUCACCUUUCCCGGGGGCCAGGCCGUGGCCCUGUGCGGCGCCUCCCACGGCUGGCUGAUCGUGGCGAACCAGAUCUCCGACCUCGUUCUCUACGACCCCUUCACGGCGGCGCUGCUUCCGCUCCCGCCGAUCACCGGCUUCACGACGUGUGUCGAGGGGGUCUACAGGGACGGCGAAGGGAAGACCCUCGUGGGCUAUCGUUACGAGUGGUGCACGAGGGACGAUGUUUUCGAUGUGCACUCCCUCGGAGGUUAUUUCUACGACAAGGUUGUGUUGUCCGGUCCUCCAACCACUGGUCCCACCGUCGCCCUGGCCAUCCACCUGGACGGCAAGCGACUCUCUUUUGCUAGGGUAGGAGACAGUUCAUGGCAACAAAUUUCGGUGAUAAGGACAGGCACGGACAGUUACGCCGACUGUGUUUACCAUGGGGGAAGGUUCUACGCGGUGACGAUGGAAGGGAAACUAGAGUCUUGGGACUUCGGGGGCGGACCCGACAAACCGAGGAAGAAGACGGUCAUCGCCGAGGACAACUUUCACAUGUUCGAGGAUGCAGUUAUCACUAGGUACUUGCUUUCGGCUCCUUGGGGCCAUCUCCUGCAGGUGCUUGUCUUCUUCGACACGCGCAGGGAAAACACAGCAAGGGUUGAGAUAGAUAGAUUGGACCUUAAGAGUCAGACAAUGGUAAGACUGAGCUCGGCGGAGGCUCUACAGGGACAUGCCGCCUUCGUCGGACAGAAUAGUUCCCCGAGCAUUUUAUCCACUGAAGAGUUCCCCGAGCUAAGACCGGACUGUAUCUACUUCACAACUGCUCGUCUCAGAAACCACAGCGCUUACGAGAGCAACCGUAACGAGUGGUGCGGCGUGAGUGUCUACGACUUGGGAAGACAGACACUUGAGCCCGCUUUCCCAUCAGGUGGCGGUCAUUAUGGAACCAUCUAUCCAUCAGAAGUCUGGUUCACACCAAGUGUAAAGAGUCAUUUUGGUUUGUAAGUAGGACGUGGCUAGUUCUCAUGUAUAGAUGAGGAUUAAUCAAGUCACGUCUCUAAGUCCUACAUCAUCUUAU